UAUACAUGUGAAGACGAGACCCCAUAAGGAUCACUGUCAGUAUAUAAGAAGACAAAUUCGCUUGCUCGCGACAAAAGGUGUCGGACUGCUCAAGUGAAUCCAUCAAAAGAAGUGUUCAAAAACUUUAAGAAAAAAAUUAGUAUAUCAUGGCGCUAAGUCAUAAAAUCAUCCUUUUCUUCAUCCUCACCACUGCGCACCUGGCAAAAACGGAACGAUAUGAUUUGAGGAAAAAUGAUGAAAAAACCGAAACAUUUCAGAAAAAUCUCAGAAAAGAUCCAUUUACUGUGGGUCCGUCUGUUGGACCCGUUUCAUCUACACGCAAACCUACAUAUUCGAAUACUCCGAUUCAACCACCAAGAUAUUCCUAUCCUUCCGACCUUUCAUUUAGAUUUUCUGACGUCGGUCUUCAAAGAAUUGGUCGGGAUUUCAUUAAAAGCGAUAGCAUCAUCAGCCUCAGUCUGGACAAUAAUAACAUAAGCGACGUUUCGCCGUUUGCCUUCCGCAGCAUGCAAAAUCUACGACAUUUGAACUUGUCCGGGAACAGGAUCCCGAAGGAGAAGCUGCUAUCGUUGACCGGAAACAACAAUUUGCAGACUCUGAUCAUUAAUAACAACAAUGAUACUUUCGAUUGCAAUGAUAAUUCCAAUGUAAAGAAAAUCCUGAAGGAAUCCGAGACCUUCCAGAGUCUGGAGCAUCUGCAUUUGUGUAACAAUCAACUACGAGAUAUUGAGAUGCCUUUUUAUAUAGCAAUGCCUAUCCUGACUCAUUUGCAUUUGGGCAAUAACAGCAUCAGUUCUAGCAGUGCUGUCUUCGACAAUAUUCCGGCGUCAUUGACUCAUCUUAAUCUGGACAAAAAUCUAAUCGAUCAUGUUGAAAAGGAUAAACUCAGGUAUCUGAAGGAGCUCGUUAUGAAUGACAAUAAGAUCACCCAAGUAUGUUUCGAGGAGUGUCAGGAAAACUCCAUAUCCCUGAGAGGCGCUAUCAGAAUGGAAAGUCUAUUUUUAUCGAGGAAUCAGAUCUCAGAAGUGUCGCCCGAUGCCUUCAACGAUAUGGAGCACUUGUUGAACCUGGAUCUGUCGGGCAAUAAGAUCGCUGAUUUGGCAAAAGAUACUUUUAACAAUACCGUCUGGAUAAUUAAUCUUUCUCUGGCUCAUAACAUUCUCGCCACGAUACCGAAUGUUUGUUCGAUGCUGAACUUGAAGAAUCUAAAUUUAACUGCAAACCGUAUCAAUGCGAUUCCUUCCGACACGUUUUGCCAUUUGCAAAGACUGGAACAUUUGUAUUUGUCGAACAACAUGAUAACAACCAUCGAGACUCGGGCCUUCAAUCUCCAAAGUCUAACGUAUUUGGACCUUUCCGGAAAUCAACUCAGGCAACUUCCGGCGCAAUGGAUAUUCCCGUGGCAGAUUCAGGAAUUGCAUCUCGAACGAAAUUACUUUACCGAGCUGGACAACUUAUCAUUGACAAACAUCAAGUCGCUGAGGAACGUUUAUCUUGAUGAAAAUCCCAUGCCAAAACUGAAUGCGGGAUCUUUCCAAUCGCUCCCGGGACAUACGACAUUGCAUUUGAAGAAUAUACGCGUCAAUGAGACGCAGAUCAAAUGCGUACAGGAUAAUGACGAUGACGAUGCCGAUGACGAUAAUAAUAGUGGAUAUUCGUAUAAUUAAUCACAAAAAAUAUGAGCUUAUUCAUUAAGAGUUUGGCUUUUGAUAAUUUAAAGCAGAACAUGUUCUUUUUGAUAUUAUUGUUAGUGCUGCAUUUUUUAUUGUUUCUUUUUUAGAUUUUAUUCUGAAACAGUUUUCAUACAAAAUACGCUAAAUAAGAAAGGCUAGAAUAAUGAUGCAUUUUUUUCGGCUAAUGUAUUGAUGGAAGCACAUUUUCUUGCGUAGUAUCGAUUUUUUAAUUUUUGACUGUUCAAUUUAAAUGUUAUUCUUAAAAACAUAUUUUAUACAAAAUUAAAA